UUCAGUGUGUGUAUUUGCACGGAUUCAGUCACGCCCCUAGUGUGUUCCAGGCAGGUACACACAAGUGCUAAUAUACCCGGUGUACGGAGCUGUGCUUUGUUGGCAAUUGGAAAAGACCAGGAUGUGUUUUUCGUGAAACCGUGGAAGAGAUUUGGAUAGCUUUCGCCCCGAUUUUCGAGGAUAUUUCGGGAGUUUUAAUUACAACAUAUCGGGGGAAGAAAGGUCUACACUUUUGUACGGUGUAAAAGUGGUCGGUGACGUUUUCUAAAAAGUACCCAAACAUGGCACCGGAAGUAAGAAAGUGCACGCCCAAACCGGGUCUGGUAAUUCUUCUGGUUCUCGGCUUUAUACCAGGUGUUCUAUGCGACAACUACAAUCUUUCUGGUCUCGUAGCUUCAAGUAUAGCUGCUGUGUUCUAUCUGAUCUUACUAACAGCUGUCAUCACAAUGGGUAUAAUUUGGCAUAGAUGGUAUCCACGAUACCAGUUGGCUCAUAACAAAGUUAAAAUCCCCCGCCACGUCAGAUUCGCUCAGCUCCAUGGAAGUCGUGUGGAGAUCAUUGAACCCGAGAGUAGAUCGCUUCAUUUGACGUCAUAUCCACCAUCUAUGAGGUCAACAAAGGUCAUGGUCCCAACUGCUACAACUUAUCAAAAAGCAGAUUCCUGGAUCAAGGAGCAGAGACGAUUUGGAGGAGAUCAAGUUCCUAAGGAAUCUGUGAUGAAUUUUGACGAAGAGGAAGGUGACGUCAUUGUAACGGAAGUAGGACCGGAAGUGGAAAUUCCAAAGUCUCGGCUCAACACGACAAUCCAAGUUGAUCCCGACAAGAACAAAAACAACGCAACGGAUGACGAGAUCUCGCGCCUCAACAGGCGCCAGAGUGACCUCACCCAUUCACAGGGGAUCGCGGGAGUGUUCAGCUUCGACGACGAGGAUACUGUAUUGGAUUCAAACGUCGGAAACGAGGGCACUGUACUAUAUUAAAAAAUAAAUUGCAGUUUUACUUUCUUGUAUAACGUGCUAAUUUAAAGAAGUAUCAUACAUUUUGUAUGGCAUGUUAUGGUUCAUAUUAAUUGUCACGUGCCGGUAGUGUAUCAAUUGUAUGGUUCAGUUAUCAUUUGUAUGGUACAGUUUAUCAUUACAUUUUUAAUGAUAUGCAUGCACCAUAGUAUAGCUGUUGCAUUAUUUUCUUUAUAUGAUUUUCUUUUUGUAGUACUUCAGUUUGUACAACAUUAUAUAGGCUUAUAGCAUUGAUUCAUUUCAUGUGACAUGAUGCACUAAUGAUUCAUUAUACAUGUCAUGAUAAACUAGUGAUUUAUUUUAUAUGACAUGAUAAACUAGUGAUUUAUUUUAUAUGUCAUGAUAAACUAGUGAUUCAUGUUAUAUGACAUGAUGUACUAGUGAUUAAUUUUAUAUGACAUGAUGAACUCAAGUUCAAGUUCUUUAUUAACUUUAAGGCCUUGCGACUUAUCAGUGUAAACAUAUAAUAAACAGGAUAUUUACAUGUGUACAAAAAGCCUCAUUGGUCACAGGAGAAUGAACAAUACACACAUACAAACUGUCAUUUAUCUGAUCGGCGAUUAUUUGGAUUUAGUGAUUCAUUUUAUAUGACAUGAUGAAGUAGUGAUUCAUUUCAUAUGACAUGAUGAACUAGUGAUUCAUUUUUAAUGACAUGAUGAACUAGUGAUUCAUUUCAUAAGACAUGAACCAAGCAGUUCUUGUGUUGUACAUCUUCUGCAAUAGGAUAUAAGCAAUCAAAAACGUUUUAUUAAAAUAUUUUUUUACUAUGAAGUAACAAAUAAUUUUUGAAAUGUUGAAGAAUAUUUUUUUAUUAUUGGAUGUAACAGUUUACCUUUCUCAUCACCUGAACACAGGGUAAUCGGUUAUUUAACUUCAGUUCUAAAUAAUUAACUCUGUUAAUAUGCAAUUUGUUUUACAGGUUUUAGUCGUCUGACGUGAGACAUCAUUAAUUGUCUGCUAAUGGAAAAAUUCACAGCUAUGACUCAUGAAUGAACAUUUGCUUGAAAGUUGAAUUUAUUUUUGUAAUGAUUCUGUCCCGCCGUUUAAACAAAAUUUCAUUAAUCUUCACAUUUACAUCUAUCAAUAAUUACAGCAAUAUUUCACCAAAUGAUACUGUCCCAUCUCUUGCAAUUGUAUAAAAAGUUUUCACUUAAUGGAUACGGUCACUGGUAAAAACGUGUAAUAAUUUCGGCAUAUGAUGUCUCGCCAAAAUGAAGAUUUUACCAGAGAAAAAUAAGUAAAUUAACUCCUAAUUUGUGAAUGUAAAAACGUAGCAUGGUUCAUUCUAACAUCAAGCUCCUUAUAAUGGAUUUUAAUUUGAUAUCACAAAUGUUAAGUUUACACAUGUUUAUUUCAUUAUGUUGUUUGUUCUGCCUGUUGUUUAUCUUCAUAGUUUUGAUACAUUCUUUUACAUAUAAACAUGAUGUACAUGUAUUUAAUAAUACUUCUGGAGAACUGUACUGUCCUAGGUUCAGAGAAUUCACUGAAAGGAAUAACUCUAUUUCAAGAAGGGAGAUAACUCUUUUAUCAGGAAGACCAGAGCCGUUUUCGUUUAAACGGUUGAACCGAUUGGACCAAAGUUGUUCGUUUAUUAAAUAAGUUCGGACCUAGUAAUCUGAUGGUGCUUUCAGGCGAGCCUUAACAAAGCCUUGCAAGGUCUGCAUAAACAUUUGCAGGUCCGCCAGGAUUUAUACCCGAAAAUGUUACAUUUAAAGAUGGACAAACUGGUUGAUCCGCAUAAACGAACAGGCCCCUGAAGGCCGUUUCAAAAUGGAAAAGAGAGAUAACUCUAUUUUGAAAAGGCAUAAAACAAUAUUUUUUUAAGUUGAACAGUUUUCACUUCUUAAGCUUUUAUUUGUUGAUUAAUAUCAUGAAAACAAAUAACUAUACUGUAAAAAGUCAUUAACCGAACAAAACAGUUCUUGACAGAAAUGUUCUCAAAUGAUGACAUCCUUGCUUCACAAAUCCAUUAAUACUUUCACUGGUAACCAAAGAAUCCGGAUGCAUAUCAUUCCUAUGAUACUAGUUCCAUGUGGGGCUGAAAGUAACGCUUGUAAUCCGGAUAUAUAUGUAAAAUCACCUCUGUUAUCCGGAUUUAUGUAUAAAGGAGUUGAAUCGUCCCUUUUAUAUGUCGGUCAUGAUCGUAAUCCUGAUUUUAAAUCGUCGGAAAUAAAAGUGUCUAGACUUACGCAUUUCAUCGUCGUCAAGUCCUCCAGACUUCGUCAAUUUCCGUUCAAAAUCAUCAUACAAGAUUUUUCCUGGCAAAAUGUCUGGUAACAAAAUUCUAGUGUAGAAUGUGUGCUUUGGAAGAACAUGAGAAGAAAUAAAGGUUGGAGUACCAUUGCAAUACUUUCUAUAGAAAUAACUGCACAAUCAUUAUGUAGUGUACAUAGCUCUAUUAUACAUGUAUAUCACCGAAAUCUAACUCGUUGCAUUAUACUUGCAUAAUACGAUUAAUCAAUGUAUUUUGGAGUUUAGUAUCAGAUUUAUAUUUUAUAGACGGCUUUUAAGGCUAAAUUUACAAUAAAAAGCGUAUAUGUGCCUUUA